UGUGCCCAUCCAAAGAGUCUAAAUCUGGCGAAGGUCUCUCGCCUUCCAAAAGACAGUCACAAACAACUGCUUAUAAUCAAGUAACAAGUUGUCCCCACCCGAUGGUUCGUACCACCGUGUUGUUGGCACCAAUAGACAGAGCCAGGAGGCAUCGGUAUACACUUGGUUCGAACUGUUUCUUCGAUUCCAAAAGUGAAUUCUUUCAACUUCAAGCUAAUCUUAAAGGUGAUACAGGAAAAACUUUGUCAUUCCUAGAACCUUCCCUAUUUCUAGGCAAAUGGACUACUUCAAGUGUACCAAGUCUUCCGUUCCAGAGCAACACAAUUCAUAAUCAACAGAGGCAAUUACAGAUUCCUUAA